CAAGUUUCUAAGGAACAAAUUUCGUCAAAACGGAGAGGUGAUCUUCAGCCAGGCAGCCGCCACAUAUUACCGUCACCGUGGAUGUCUGGAGGUGGUCACAAUCGCGGCCCCUCUGAUAUUACAGUGGUAGUACUAGUACCUACCUAGGUAACAUUGCUGCUGUUCAUCUGAUUACCGAAAGAACAACGACUACUAAAUACAUACCUACGUAGUAAUUGCGGGUUGGGGGUUCCGCAAAUAACAGCGCACUCUGCCAUCGGAGUAUCAUUUGUCUCUUAAGCUUAUUUAAAGUACCUCUGCUACCUCGUCUUCGCAGCGUUGAGUUUGAUUUCAAGUCGUAGUCCGACCCUGUCGGUGUGGGCGGAAGGUCACGCUACGUGUCGACGAUGAAAGGGACAAUCAUGUCGAACCAACAUGCCACGACGAUGAUUUGGGCGGAAGCUGGUUGGUUGCAGGGACGUUGUGGCAUGACAAUUGGACGUCGGUUAAGUUGCCCAAUGCAGCGCCCUUAUCCUUAUCAAAUGCGAUAACUUUUUCCCGCAUGAGUUGAGUCAAUCAUCUCCUCCGACGGGCACAGUUGACACCAUUUGCAGCCCUUUUGCACUGCUCCUGCACUAUAUCAAGCAUCUCCAAGAUGGGUGUCGGCCUCCUCGUGUCUGUUGAAACUGGGGAGAUACUGUCGGAAAAGCCAAAAGGACUGACUCUAGACCAAGUCGGUUACUUGGGACAAUGCCUCGUUGAUGCCACCCCCGAGAACUUUGAGUCGAGCCUUUCUUUUCUGCGGCAGAACUUCUCGAAACUUGCUAUCAAUUACGAUGUUCGGAAACUCAAGAGCUGGGACAACGUAGUUGACCUGCUCAACAAUGGCGCGACGAAGCUAUUCGUCACAUUUGAACAGUUAAAAGCCCUGUCUCAGGAGCCUACGAUAUCUCCCGAUCGCCUUGUCCUCACCAUCUCGCUGGUCAACCCUAAGACCGAUAUCGGCAAAUUGAAGUCUUUUCUGGAGACGAAUCCGCAAUGGAUGACGAGAGAAUGGGCGUUUGACGGCGAUAAAGGCAAUGAGGAGGUAGAUGCGGUUCUGAAAGAGCUGGGGAACUACCCUCCAAGCCCCGAUCAGACCAUCUUUGUCAGAGUCUCGGACGAUUCAGAAGGACGGAAUCUGCUUCACGAGUAUCCCGGAAAUGCGCUCAUCGUAUCUUCCAAGCUCUUGACUUUCGAUCAGACAAAGGAGGGACACGAGAACCUGAUUCCUGCUUUGGAUUUGCUGCUUGCCGGCGCCACUCCUGACCGCAGAACCGGCCUUUACGCUACCACUGUGGUAGACGAACGUGGCGUGGCCUUGGGUCUAGUAUGGAGCAGCAAAGAGAGCCUGGCCGAAGCUCUCAAAACUGGAACCGGGGUCUAUCAAAGUCGUAAGAGGGGGCUGUGGUAUAAAGGAGCGUCGAGUGGGGACACUCAGGAGCUCAUUAAUAUUUCCUUCGACUGCGACAAAGACUGUUUGCUCAUGAGGGUGCAUCAAAAGGGCCGAGGGUUCUGCCAUCUGGCGACCAUGUCGUGCUGGGGUAAGGUCUCUGGACUAUCCCGACUGCAACGGACACUUCAAGAGCGCAAGGUGGAUGCACCCGCGGGCUCCUACACCGCUCGGCUCUUUAGCGACCCGAAACUCGUCAACGCAAAGAUCAAAGAAGAAGCAGACGAACUUUGUGAAGCAAGCACCAAGGAAGAGAUCGCCUCUGAGGCAGCAGACUUGUUCUACUUUGCACUGGCACGGUGUAUAGCAGCGGAUGUGACCUUGGAGGAUAUUGAGAAGAACCUGGACCUGAAGAGUUUGAAGGUCAAGAGAAGGAAGGGCGAUGCCAAACCUCAAUAUGUCGAAGAGAAGCCUCCCAAGGAAGAAAGUCCCAGUCAGACGAAUGGGAUCAACGGUCAGCAAGACGAGCAAGUCAGAGAAGCCGUUUCUGUGCCGAAAUCGCCCUCGGAUCCGGCGGGCAAGACGACUACAGGGCGGAUACAACUGACACGAUACUCGACUUCACAAGCAUUCUCUGAUGACGUUAUAAAGGCUGCCCUGCAAAGACCGUCACAAAAGUCCAACGAGAAGAUUAUGUCUCUGGUCCACCCAAUCAUCGCUGAUGUUCGCAGUAACGGUGAUUCCGCAGUCUUGAAAUACACCCACAAGUUCGAGAAAGCAACAAGCCUCACGUCACCAGUUCUGAAAGCACCUUUCCCAGAAUCCCUCAUGCAGCUGCCAGAAGAGACUAUCAAAGCAAUCAACAUCUCUUACGACAACAUCCUGAAGUUUCAUUCUGCCCAGGAAUCACCGGCUCCUUUGGUAGUUGAGACCAUGCCCGGUGUCACCUGUUCCCGCUUUUCUCGACCAAUUGAGAAGGUCGGGCUUUACAUUCCUGGCGGUACGGCAGUGCUGCCCUCCACCGCACUUAUGUUGGGUGUGCCAGCAAUGGCUGCGGGAUGCAAGAAUAUUGUGUUGGCCUCGCCUCCAAGGUCUGAUGGCACCGUUAGCCCCGAAAUUGUGUACAUUGCCCACAAGGUUGGGGCGGAAUCGAUAGUACUGGCUGGUGGCGCUCAAGCUGUUGCUGCGAUGGCUUAUGGAACGGAGUCAAUCACCAAGGUUGACAAAAUUCUUGGCCCUGGCAAUCAGUUUGUUACCGCGGCGAAAAUGAUUGUGAGCAAUGAUACAUCCGCUGCCGUGUCUAUUGAUAUGCCUGCCGGUCCGUCCGAGGUGCUUGUGGUUGCCGACAAGACUGCCGACCCAGCGUUCGUGGCCAGCGAUCUUCUCAGCCAGGCGGAGCACGGCACAGACAGCCAGGUUGUUUUGAUUGCGAUCGACCUGGAUGAGCAACAGCUGCAGGCCAUUGAAGACGAGGUGCACAAGCAAGCGCAUGAACUUCCCCGAGUGGACAUCGUGAGAGGUGCAAUUGAGCACAGCGUUACCAUCUCGGUCGGCAGCUUGAAGGAAGCCAUGAAAUGGUCCAACUACUAUGCGCCGGAGCAUCUUAUCCUGCAGAUUGAAGAUCCACGAUCGGCACUUCCCGACGUCCAGAAUGCGGGCUCCGUGUUUAUCGGUGGCUGGACACCUGAGUCUGUCGGCGACUACUCAGCCGGUGUGAACCACAGUCUACCAACAUACGGUUACGCCAAACAGUACUCCGGAGUUAACCUGGGCAGUUUCAUGAAGAACAUCACGAGCAGUGAGGUCAACGAGAAGGGUGUGGGAGAGGUCGGCUAUGCUGUCAUGGAGCUUGCCAGAUGUGAGGGUUUGGAUGCCCACAGAAGAGCCAUGGAGCUCCGCAUGGAGAAACUGGGCCUUGUUGAGAGAAGGAGUGCGCCGAAAGCCGUGGAUUCCGUGGCUUAAGGCAACGCUGUUGUACAUGUUGGAAAGGAGGACGUUGUGCAAGCGAUGCAAUGAACACGACGGCCACCUGGCCUGGAUCUCAUGAUAGCGUUCUAUUAAGCCGUUGUGGGGAUCCUCUCGAUGAGUGUUGUGUCUCUCAGGUAUUGAUUGCAUAGACUAUCAUCUAGCUGUAGGGCAUGGUGAGAUGGGUAUAAUGAAAUGGCGACAACUUAGAAUUGGACCUAUAGACUCCUUCUCAAUUGUCCGCGUUAUAUAAGAUUGUUGAGCAUCCUACGAAUAGACAGUUGAUGGAGCAG